CAUCCUUUUCUGCAAAACUCCCAAUUCUACAACCGUUCCAUGGCCGGUGUAUAUCUGAACAAGAAUGGAGACCUGGCAGCUGACUUUGACAUCGUCUACUGGGUGAAGUUUCCCAAUAAAUCUGUCAAUCGAGUGACCUUUGGGAGUGUGGAAAAGCAGGGAUCCCUGGAGCCCAAGUUUACCAUCAACGAGGAUGCCAUCGUGUGGCCAAAAUGGCUCAACCAGUCCAUGCCACCUUCCAGGUGUGUUCAAAGCUGUCACCCCGGACGGGUCAAGCUGAUUCAGGAAGGAGAGCCACUCUGCUGCUACAAGUGUGUUUCUUGUGCAUACGGGACCAUCUCCACUCAGGAAGAUGCAGAGCAGUGCAUCAGAUGUCCAAGUGAUCACCAUCCAAACAAAGAUCAAGAUCUAUGUAUCCCUAAGACUGCAGUAUUCCUCUCUUAUGGAGAAAAGUUGGGCAUUAUCAUGGUUUCCUUUGCCUUGUUUUUAUCCUUACUCACUGGCUUUGUCUUAGGAAUCUUUAUUAAAUAUUUCGACACCCCAAUAGUCAAAGCCAAUAACCGGGACCUUUCCUACAUCAUCCUCGUUGCCCUCCUGCUUUCCUUCUUCUCCACCUUUCUCUUCAUUGAACGGCCAAGGAGAGUCACUUGCCUCCUCCAACAAACAGCCUUCAGCAUCAUCUUCUCAGUGGCUGUCUCUUCCGUCUUGGCCAAAACCAUCACAGUGGUGCUAGCCUUCCUGGCCGCAAAGCCGGGGAACAGGAUGAGCAGAUGGCUUGGGAAGAGAUGCCUGAUUGAUGGCCAUCGCUUUUGGAGCAUGGCUUUCCUCAUGGCGCUCAGCUCAUCGCUUAGAGCUCUGAUGGCAGAAGCCUUUUGA